AUGCAAGAUCCCGCAAGCCCGGCGCUGCUGCCUCGGCCUACCACCUACAUAUUCUCCGCCGGGCACAACAUGAGCCGCACGGUUGGUUCUCGCGAUAGCAGUGGGCACGGAAGUUCGCCGCCGGCGGGGAACUCCGCCCAAGCUCUUGCAGCGAGUGAAGACAGGACACUACUGCCACCCUUGCGGCCAACGCUAUCAUCAUCACCAUCCUCGGCGUCGUCAUGUUCGGUGGACGACGACCGUCCCCUGUCCCCUGGCGGUGAUCAAGCCGCGCUCUUGGCGAGUAACACUCGACGAAAACGAAGUCGUUCUUGGAGCAACAGCAGUAGUCCAACUUCUACCGGUAGCAAGACCGCGAACCACAACCGGCCGCGCCGUCGUCCGGCAAUCGGGACCACCAACAGCGGGGACUCCUGUUAUCGUGGCUGCGGCGGUCCAAUCAGAGGCGAAGAGGGCGGAGACGGGCCCACGAGGGGUCACAACGGACAGGACCUACAACGACUCGGAGGGGACCAGGUUGGCGACGGCGGCUGUUCGCCGGUCACCGAGGAGACGCCCCUUGACGCGCAUAAAGGAAGAGAGGAGGGGUCUGGUGGAUCACCAGGAAGCGAUGCGCUUUCACCCGGACCAGCAGUCGAGACGAACGGUCCCGGCGUUGGAUCGUCAUCCUUGCCUGAUGGGGGAGAGGAAGGUACCGCUUCUGCAGAUAAACCUUCCAGUCGGGUUUUGGUGAGCGAUGGACAGCGGGCGGAUCGGCACCGCACCAGCGGAGCGAGGGGGAAGGGGGCAGGCGCCGGAACAGCGCGCGGGGAAACAAUCAAGGGGGAAAGUUGGUGUGCCGGAGGUGAGGGAGACGGCGAGGAGGGAGUGGAGGUUUUGUCGGAGGACUUCGGCUUGUUCACGUGGCCCUCUGGGGUAGUGCUGGCGUGCCUCAUUUGGGCUAGGAGGCGAGAGUUUGACGGGGCGAGCGUGGUGGAGAUCGGUGCUGGAACCGCGCUGCCUGGCUUGCUCGCCGCCAAGCUAGGGGCCAGCGUGGUGCUCACCGACCGGGAGGAGGCCCCGUGGGUCCUCGACAACAUGCGAGGGGCCGUCGCGGCAAACGGGCUCAAUCUCGGGCCCCCCGAUGACGCUAGCCCUGCCAUCGGCACUGCCACCGCUGAAACUGUCAGUGCUGAAACUGUCUGUGCUGCUGUUCCUGCCAUUGCUGAUGGUGGUGGUGGUCCCAGCACUGGCGCUGCUCCUGCUCCUGCAUCUGGGGCUGCAAUGGGGGGGUGUGUAAAAGAGUGGCAGAGCAAGGACAAACGUAUGGGGGCCUGGGAGCCUGACGGGCGGGGGACCGGCGGAUACUCUAGUCUCGCUCCAUCUGUUGCUGCUACCGCUGCUGCUGGGGCUGAGUCAUUCCCGAGAGACCAGGAGAAAGGGACUACGAGAGAAGGGCGUGUCGGUGGCACGACGCGGCUAGGACGGUGUUCGGUACAGGGGCUCUCCUGGGGAAGCGUCGGGGCGGCGGCGAUCAAGCUAGCGAGGGAGCGGCGCCCUCAGGUGGUGCUAGGGGCAGACGUGUUCUACAGCUCGGAGCACUUUAACGAUGUUCUGGCGACAGCGUUCAUGUUGCUCUCCGGCUCAUCCUCGACGACGCCCGCUGCCGGGGGCGGCGGUUGUGCGAGUGGAGACUGCGACGGCGCUACAACUCCCCCCCCGUCUGGGGUUGCUGAGAUUAGCUCAGCUGCUACUGAUGCCCCUGCAUUCUCUGCGGCUUGCUCUGCUGCAGAUGACGUCGUUGUGAUUGAACACAGGAACAGCACUAAUACCCCCCCUCCGUCUGUUGCUGCUGGGAUUAACUCUGCUGCAACUGAUGCUUCGUCCUCCUCGAUGACGCCCGCUGCCGGGGGUGGAGGCGGUGUGAUCGGAGACGUCGAUGACACUGCAACUGCCCCUCUGGCUAGCACUACAGGGACUAGCUCAGCUGUCACUGAUGCCCCUUCGUCCUCGAUGACUUGCACUGACGGAGUUGGCGAUUGUGCGAAUGGAGACGUCGAUGACACCACGACUGCCCCUCUGCCUAAUAGCGCUACCGGAACAAGCUCAGCUGCUGCUCCUACAGCUCCUGAGACCACCCCGCGGGGUCCUGAUACCGCAGGCAGCGGCCCUGCAUCCCUUGCUGGUGCCGUUGGCUCUGAGUGGCAGCGUACGUCUUCCGCCAAACAAGCUGACAGCACACCCACGUUCGGGAGCCCUUUCAGCAGAAGCAGAGGCGUGUUUCUCACGGCCUACCAGGAGCGAAGCGCGCGGAGGUCCAUAAGGCCCUUGCUGAGGAAGUGGGGCAUGCAGGCCAGGGUGCUCCAUGACGUCCCGCAGCGGGUGCUCCCUCCCGCCCUGUGGGAGAGCGGUCGCUACGACAGCGUGGCCCUCCUCGAGAUAACCUUGACGUAG